UGUGACCAAUUGAUUAGUUUGUAGCGUGAAAUCAGCAUUCAGUAGCACAGUAGGAGCUUAAUGCUUGUCAUCCAAUAAAAAAUCAGCUAUCAUCUAUCAGAACUAUCAGAAACCAAAUAAAUUUACAGGUUUUAUAACAAAUCAGACAGUUUGUUUUUAACAUUUUAAAACCAUGUGCUAUAAAAAGGAUUUACAUGCCGCCGUUUUUUAAUUAUUUCAAAUGCCUUUUGGCUUAGAUGGAUGUAAAAGAAAAUCAAAGUGAAAGUGACCGUUGUUUUAUUACGAAUGAAAAUGCAUUAUAAUUUACAAGAAGUUGAAGAAGGGAAACUAAUGUACUUUGAUAAAAUGAAACAUGUUCCUAGCCCUCUUAUUGGGGAACAUGUGUGCAAAGUUUCGAACAAUAAUCUGGACAUAAGUCCCAGACAGAGGGCUCGAUCAACCUCAAUGAAAAAGCCUAAAAAUAAAACGUUCGAAAAUUUCGAAAUGGAAGAAAUUCGUCCGAGAACAAGCAGUUUACCAACGAAAAAUAACUACAGGAGGCCUUUAAUAAAGAACUUGAGAACAAACUACGAAGACCAAGAUCAUGACUUGUAUAGACUAAGAACUUUUGAUGUGACAUCGAAAGGCAUUGUCAACCGAGGGGAUUCCAUCAAGUCUCGAAGUACUAACAGUAUUGUUUCCUCAGAGGGUGACGGGAAUGUAUUGUCUAUCGAAUCUAGCUCAUGUUCUCAAAAUAGUUUAGCUAACAGUGAUGGUUCUAUUCAUAAAAUCAAGCCUUAUAGAAUUGUGAUUCUCGGUGCAAUAGGAGUUGGAAAAUCGACAAUUGCUCAACAAUUCCUGACAUCGGAGUAUCUUUUCGAUACAAGCGUAGACAGCGAACAAGAAAAAAUGGUUUCUGUCCUACUAGACGCAGAGGAAUCUACAAUGGAGUUUGUUGAUCUUGAAUCAGACUCGGCUGAUCAAGUGGAUGGAGGUUACGAUUGCUACGUAGUAGUUUAUUCAAUUGAUGAUAGAAAAACAUUUGAUAGAGCUGUGGAUAUUUUGUAUCAUCUUCGAAAGGAGAAGCAUAAGAAAUCAGCCAUGAUUUUAGUUGGCAAUAAAAGUGACCUUGUUAGAACAAGACAUAUACAGGCUGAAGAGGCAAAGCCUGUAGCAGUACAAUACGACUGCAAAUUUAUAGAAACCUCUACAGUGCUUAACAUCAACAUCGACGAACUUUUGGUUGGAGUAUUGAAACAGAUUAGAUUAAAACACAAGAAAGACGAAAAGGAACGUACACACGGGACGGAAAUUGGUUGCAUUAUGAAAAGUAAAUCAUUGCUCACCAAACUCUUCGGGAAGGACACGUUUUCAAAAUCAUGUGAAAACUUGUAUGUUUUAUAAUAAUAAUAUGUAUGUUUCAUAAGAUUGUAUGUAAAUGCUUUAUUUUGGAAGCAUUUUUUCAAUUCAUAUGUUCUAAAUUGAACAUCUAUAUGAUUUUUCUGAUCCAGAAAAAAAACAGGUUUCAUGGUAUAUUUUAGUACUUAGUACAACUAUGUGUAUGUUCAUUAAAUAUUUUCGCAGUUGUUGAUAGAAGAGUAAAGAUUCAUAACAAUUUUAUUUAUUUUUGAGCAAUUAAUAUUUUCGAACAAUUCUAUGAUUGAACAUGUUGUAUGCAUGAAAUUUUCAGUAUUUGCAAUGAAAUGAUUUGUUGAUUAAAACAGUGCCUGCGAAUAGAAUCAUAUACAGUGUUAAUAGGUUUUUUGUUAAGUUAACAUGUAAUUUCACUUGAGCUGUAAGAUUUUUGCUGCUGCAAUUUUAAAUCAGAAAAAGUUUUUGAAUGUUAGAUGUCCAGAAUUUAAAUUGUACAGUUAUAAUAAAUAUCAACUGAUGUUUUUGUUUUUGCCGUUGAAUAAAAUUGUUUAAACAUAAUCGAUUAUAUACUUAAAAUGAUUUGUCUUCUGUCGACGAAUAGCUAAAGAAUAUGGAGUUAAAUACUUAUAAAAAGAUACUUUUUAUAAUUAUUUUAUUUUUGCCUCAAUCAUUUUUUGUCAAUGUCUUUUUCCAUCUCAAUAUGUUUUUGAAAGAUAUAAUGUUUUAGAUUUUAUUGAAUAUGUAACAUGACAUUGAUGUUUAAACUGCCAUUAUAUUUUGCAAUACAGUUGUGACAAUCUGUAUCUCGAGUGCGACGAUUUAUAGUUUCACUCAAUUUUAGAUAUGAAGUAAACAAUGUCAACCAUUUAAUCAUUCAUUCAUUCAUUCAUUCACAUCUCUUUUCAUAUUAAUUUUUGAAAAACUAUUUGAAACUAUUUUUGUGUUGACAGACAAUGUGUUUAACAGAGCCUGUGUAAAUAUUUGAAUUAAACAGAAGUGAGUUGUACAAUAAAAGUUUAAAAAAAA